GUGUUGCAGUGUUCUUUUGACAACACGAGGUUAUAUUUUCUAUUUAGUAAUAGAAAAGCAUAAUGGCUGAAGAAAAUUGGAAUGAUAGUACGGAAGCGGGCAGCAUGGCUGUCGAAACCAUGCCACUGCCAAUCUCUGCUGACAUCGCCGAAAUCAAACUUUUCGGAAGGUGGAGCUGUUACGAUGUUCAAGUUUCAGACAUGUCUCUGCAAGAUUACAUCUCUGUCAAGGAGAAACACGCUAAGUAUUUACCGCAUUCUGCUGGCAGAUAUGCUCACAAGCGAUUCCGUAAAGCUCAGUGUCCCAUUGUUGAGCGUCUGACCAACUCACUUAUGAUGCACGGUCGUAACAACGGCAAGAAGUUGAUGGCGGUGCGUAUUGUCAAGCACGCUUUUGAAAUUAUCCACCUCUUGACAGGCGAGAACCCUCUACAAGUACUUGUAACUGCAAUUAUCAAUUCUGGUCCUCGUGAAGAUUCAACAAGAAUUGGUCGUGCUGGUACAGUCCGUCGUCAGGCUGUGGAUGUGUCUCCACUUCGUCGUGUCAACCAAGCUAUCUGGUUAUUGUGCACUGGUGCACGUGAAGCAGCAUUCAGGAACAUUAAGACCAUUGCUGAGUGUGUUGCUGAUGAGCUCAUCAACGCAGCUAAAGGUUCUUCAAACUCUUAUGCGAUCAAGAAGAAGGAUGAGCUGGAACGUGUAGCUAAGUCCAACCGUUAAUUAUUAAAUAAGGCAGGUCUCAAUAUAAAAAUUU